GUAGAGGCACGUAGAAGAGGUUAUUAGUGUUUGUAAACUAUUUAUUUGUAUUCAUUCCUUCAUUUUUAGACGCCGGUUAGAAGUCACGAUUAUUGUUUUACAGUUUUUUAAAAGCAUUGUUUCAAACUAAAAUAUGAAUUUGGAACUUUUAGAAUCUUUUGGACAAAACUAUCCAGAAGAAUUUGAUGGCACAUUGGAUUCUCUUUCCAUAGCUGUAACUUGCCAAUUUAACAAAAGAGGAACCCUUUUAGCUGUCGGUUGUAAUGAUGGAAGAAUUGUAAUUUGGGACUUCUUAACACGAGGAAUUGCAAAAGUUAUUGCUGCACAUGUACAUCCAGUUUGCAGUAUAAGUUGGUCGAGGAAUGGUCAUAAAGUUGCUUCUGCUUCUACCGAUAAUACUGUCUGUAUAUGGAAUAUACUUUCUGGAGAAUGUGAACAAAAAUAUAGAUUUCCCUGUCCUGUUUUAAAAGUUCAAUUUCAACCAAGAAAUGUGGAGAGAUUACUUAUUUGUCCCAUGAAACAUCCAGCAGUGAUUGUGGACAUUAAUGGGGGGCAUAAGGUAUUACCAAUUGAUGAAGAUGGCGAUUUGAACAUAGUUGGGUCAUUUGACAGAAGAGGGCAGUAUAUAUAUACCGGUAAUGCAAAAGGAAAAGUAUUGGUGUUGAAUUCUAAUACACUGGAAAUAAAGGCGAGUUUUAGAAUAAUGCAAGGAUCUUCUAGCACAACUGCUGUAAGAAGUAUUGAAUUUGCACGAAGAGGAGACUGUUUUCUGGUAAAUGCUGCAGAUAGGGUUAUAAGAGUAUAUGAUAGCAAAGAGGUGUUGACAUAUGGAAAAGAAAUAGAACCUAUUCAAAAAUUGCAGGACUUAGUAAACAAAACUAUGUGGAAAAAAUGUUGUUUCUCGGGAGACGGUGAAUAUAUUUGUGCUGGUUCAAACAGACAGCACGCUCUUUAUAUUUGGGAAAAAUCCAUUGGCAAUUUGGUAAAGAUCCUUCACGGUACAAAAGGAGAAUUGCUUUUAGAUGUAGCUUGGCAUCCAGUAAGGCCUAUUAUCACUAGUAUUUCUUCAGGUGUUGUAAGUGUUUGGGCUCAAAAUCAAGUAGAAAAUUGGUCAGCGUUCGCUCCAGAUUUCAAAGAAUUAGAUGAAAAUGUUGAAUAUGAAGAACGAGAAGGUGAAUUUGACAUAGAAGAUGAGGAUAAAUCAGUGGCAAGUGGGGGUGAUGACAAGGAAGAUACGGAUUUAGAGGUAGACGUAUCGACAGUAGAUCCUGUAGCAGCUUUUUGUAGUUCUGACGAAGAAAAUGAAAAUUCAGAUUGCUUACAAUUUUUACCAAUAGCUCCAGAGAUUGAAGACCCUGAAGAUAAUUGGACGCCUACAGAUAUUAAUAUAUUGCCAUCCAAUACAGGCAAUGGUGCACCCCCUGCUAAAAAAACGAAGUACAAAACAUAUGAUAUAUUACUUGAAAAUAUCUCUGAUGGAGGUAAUAACAGUUAGAAUAUAUAUAUGGAAUGAUUUUGAAUUGUUUACUUCUAUAGUUAUUAGAAUGUUGGUAUAUAAUUUUACUUUUAGUUAAAAGUUGAUUUAGAAUAAACUGAUUAUGUAUGUUUCGAA